AUGAAGUUCCUUUGCUUGCAUGGAAUGGGAACAAGUGGUGCCAUACUUCAAGCGCAAACUCGCCACCUCCGCUCCAAACUUCCAGACGACUGGUUAUUCGACUUCGUAGACGGAGAGGUCGACUGCAACGCGGCGAAAGAAGUGAAGAACCUCUUCCCAGCCCCAUACUACUGCUAUUAUCGCCUGCCGACCUUCGAAAAUGUCCAGGAAGCACACGAACUCCUCGACGACUUGAUCGAAGACGAAGGAUUCGACGCCCUGCUGGGCUUUUCGCAGGGUUCUGCGUUGGCUGCAUCGUACUUGCUCCACCGCCAGGAAGCACAUGCUGGCAGCGUGCCGCCGGUCAAGUUGGCUGUCUUCAUCAGUGCAAGCCUGCCUUUCUCCAUCGACAAUCUACAUGGCAAAGCGGUGCAGGAGCGGGACUUUCCCAUUGCGCGCCCAGAGUCGUAUCUGGAGAGACCUCCGUUGAUGCAGGAGGAUGAGGUCCUGGCGAGGCGUUGGACGCCUGAUCGAGAUUCAGCUCGCCUGCGAUUACCCACUGUCCACGUCUUUGGCAAGCAGGACGAUUAUCACGCACAGAGCAAGAGUCUUGUUGAUCUGUGUGACGGGGCUGGAAGGACUGUGAUUGAGCAUGAGCAGGGGCAUUGGAUUCCCCAAAGUGAGAACAUGAGCCGGAAGGUAGCGAGUGCCAUCUUCGGGAGUCUUUUGUGA